CACCACUAUCAUAUUGGCCUUCAUUCAACAUUGUGUCUAAGAGCGAGGACUUUUAAUGUCUUCAUCAAAGGGUCCUUGAAUAUCAACUGUCCAUGGUCGAGAAUGGUGGUUGUGGAAAAGCUACUAACGGUCCUGUUUUCCAAUCUCUGCCCGGCGCAGUUACAUCGAUGUUAGCUGAGGCGUUCGCGACGGUUGCCGAAUUCGCUAUACAAGCGCUGACUCGCUAAGUAGCCAAGGCCAGCUAUCACCUUUGCAAAGUUAAACCAUAGUAGAUGUCCAUAUUGUGGCGUCUUGACCAACUCUACACAAUGGCAAUACCGAGGCCAUGUGCAGACCCAACAUCUAUAUAAGCCGCAUCGACAACCCUGAUCAUACAGCCAGAACACCAAGCCAAACAUCCAAUUCCUCCUAUUGAUCUCUGUCUUCAAAAUGAAGCUCGCUACCGUCAUCACCUCCAUCUCCCUCCUCACCCCGGCCCUAGCCACCCCCACCACCGUCAAUGUCAACACCCAACGGGACGUCGCCGCAAUCCAAGGCGUCCUCAGCGACAUUGACGACAAGGUCCUCGCCCUCGGCAGCGCCAUAGAAGCCACACCCCUAGACGCGGAUGCCAUAAUCAGUCAAUCCAACACCCUCGUGGACACAAUCACCUCAGGGACAAGCACAGUCAACGCCCAGCCCGCUCUGGGACAGCUCGAAGCCCUAGGUCUCGUCUCUCCCACCCAAAAGCUCGCCGACGACACCGACGCUACCGUGCAGAGUCUUAUCGGCGUUAAGGCCGAUAUCAUCGAUCUUGGCGAGGGAUGUACCACCUUAACUGCGCUUAAGGACCAGUAUGAGGCCGCGACGGGCUUGAGUGACGCUGUUGUCUCCAAGGUCCCCGCUGCGCUGGCGGAUAUUGCGAAGGAGCUGUCGGAUAGUAUCUCGAAUGCGAUUCAGAAGGGUAUUGAUGCGUAUGAGGGUGCUUGUGAUGGGGGCAGUGAGCCGACUAGCACUGGGGGUCCGGAGCCUACUAGUACCCAGACUGAGACGCCUACCAAGACUGCUUGUCCUGCAAAGAAGUAGAGACAGCCCUUCUUGUGGGCUGUUUAGCUUAGGACGGUUGGCAAAUGAACUGGGGGUUUUGAUGUAGUAGCUAAUGUUAUGUGCUCAAAUAAUUGGAUCUACACUAAGAGUAUUCUGAUAAUUAGGGAGUUAACUAAAGCCUGGCAGAUGCUGCAAGGUCUUUGACUGCAUUUUUAGGCUGUGGGAGGGGCGGUAUGUCACUUACAUGCCAGAGAAUCAAAUAUGGCUGCCAACUGCCAGAUCUGCUUUCAGAGAAUACUAUACACCGGUCUCCAAGGGAGAUUAAAGGAAGCACACGGUACGGCAGUUACUAAACGUUCCAACUGGCAGCUAGGAGACUGAUAGAAUACAGGUAAUAUUAUGAAACGCUG